AUGGACAAUGUUUAUGCACCAGGAAGGAACCAUCUCUUUGUUCCAGGGCCAGUCAAUAUCCCGGAACCCGUCCUUCGGGCAAUGAACAGAAACAAUGUGGACUAUGGUUCUCCAGCUGUUUCAGCAAUGACAAAAGUCCUGCUCAAGGAUGUCAAGAAGAUUUUCAAGAAUACUACCAGAACUCCAUUUAUGAUCUCUACCAUAGGUACUGGUGCAUGGGAGAGUGCACUUACAAAUACAUUGUCCCCUGGAGAUCGGAUUGUGUCUUUCCUGAUUGGCCAAUUCAGUUUGCUGUGGAUUGAUCAACGGCAGCACGUUAAUUUCAAUGUCGAUGUUGUGGAAAGUGAAUGGGGCCAAGGUGCCAACCUUGACAUUCUAGCAUUAAAAAGUGUCGAUGCCACUGCACACACUAUAAAGGCAGUAUGCAUUGUUCACAAUGAAACGACAACUGGAGUUAACAAUAACUUGGCUACAAUGAGAAAAAUACUUGACCACUACAGGCAUCCGGCUUUCUUUCUUGUUGAUGGAAUGUCUUCCAUAUGUGCUCUGGAUUUCCGUAUAGAUGAAUGGGGAGUAGAAGUAGCCUUAACUGGCUCCCAGAAAGCUCUUUCCCUUCCCACUGGCAUAGGGAUUGUGUGUGCAAGCCCCAAAGCUCUUUCCUGCCCAUUUGGUACUACUUCAACUCCUAAUCCUGGAUAUGUGUUGAAUAAUGGUAUUGGUAAUGAUAUUCUUGCUGGAACUUUUUCUGCUCAAGAUCAAGCAUAUAAUCAACAUUCCAUGCUUACCAGAGCCCAAAAUGAAAUUGUCAAGAAGCUGACAUUUCAAGAUUUUUGUGCUUAUGAUGGGUCUGCGUACUUCAAUGGCUUUACUUGUCAAGAAAAAUAUGCACAGGAUUUGAUUCAUAGAACUGGUAUGGAUACAACAAGAGCUGGUACGCAAAGCUUUUUCAUGUUGUUAGAGAGUGAGUGUAAUGGUAUGCUCUGUUCCUUCAUUAUGUUCCUUCUUCUGAGCAUACUCCAGCUUUUGAGUAUACUGUAG